AUGGAAAAAUUAAAAUAUGGAGCACGGCGGCUCUCUAUGAUGAAUCAAAAGAAAAUAAUGGGAGUGUCACAGGGUUGCUAUGCACAAUGGGAUUGCAUACAGGCCCAGUUUUAUGUGUUCGAUGGUCUCAAAUAGAGGGAAGACAUUUAGCAUCAGGAUCAGAUGAUAAAAUAGUUUUGAUAUGGGAAUUAGACAGUGGUUAUGGUGGAAAAGUAUUUGGUAGUGAUGAACAAAAUGUGGAGAAUUGGAAAAUAUCCAAAAGAUUGACUGGUCACGAAUCUGAUGUUGUGGAUAUUGCUUGGUCUAGUGAUAAUACCUAUUUGGCUUCCUGUGGAUUAGACAAUCUUGUGUUCAUAUGGGAUGGCCAAACAUUUGAAAAACUAAGGAAAAUAGAUGAGCAUAAGGGAUUUGUUAAAGGAGUAGCAUGGGAUCCUAUUGGAAAAUACCUUGCUACAGAGUCUGACGAUAAAACUAUGAGAAUUUGGAGAACUUCAGACUGGGGAGCCGAACAUGUGGUGAAAGCACCGUUCACUUCAUCGCCUACCACAACCUUUUUUCGACGAUUAUGCUGGUCUCCCGAUGGAACCCAUCUUUCUGCAGCAAAUGGUUCUCUAGAUGCAAUCGCUAUUGCGCCUAUUUUGGUCAGAGAUGAAUGGAAAGCUGACAUUUCUUUAGUCGGACAUAAUGCACCAAUCGGUGUUGUGGUGAUACUCUUUGUAAUCCCGGAUUUGGAUGCCGCGGAUCGAAACGCUGGAAGCCUGGGGAGUAUUAUCGCAGUUGGAAGUCAAGACUAUAGCAUUUCUAUUUGGGCAACAAGGAGAUCACGACCAAUAACUGUAAGUCAAAGGAUGUUUAGACAGAGCGUAAUGGAUCUCUCUUGGGCGCCUAAUGGAAAAGAUUUAUUCGCAUGUUCAUAUGAUGGUAGCGUGGCAAUACUUAGAUUCCAAGACAGCGAAUUUGGAAUUCGUAGUAAAAUCGAAGACAAGGCAAGCAAUGAAUUUAUUUAA